UAUAUCACCACAUUCAACAUUGCUUUUCUCUCACUAGCUAACGAGAUAAUGGUGUCUCUCUCACUCUUAUCCAUUGCGCUUCUCACCACACCUCUCUUCCUCUUCUUCUUCCUCCGCAGAUGGCGCCGCCGUCACGCCCCAACAUCCCGGAGAAACCCGCCGCCGUCCCCGCCCAAGCUUCCGGUGCUCGGAAACCUCCACCAGAUGGGCCCAUUCCCCCACAGAGCGCUCCACUCAUUCUCCCACCGCUACGGCCCGCUCAUGCUCCUCCACUUCGGCCGCGUGCCCGUCCUUGUAGCCUCCUCGGCCGAGGCAGCGCGUGAGAUCAUGAAAACACAGGACCUGACCUUCUCGAACCGGCCCAGGUUAAACAUCCCGGGAAGGCUCCUCUACAACUAUAAAGACGUGGCGUUUGCUCCCUACGGCGAGUAUUGGCGCCGGACCCGCAGCAUCUGCGUGCUCCAGCUGCUCAGCGCCAAAAGGGUUCAGUCCUACCGCCGCCUCAGAGAGGAGGAGACGUCGCUCAUGGUCGAGAACAUUGCGCGGCUCGGAUCUUCAUCGGCGGUUGUCAACUUGAGCGAUGCGUUGAUGUCGUUGACGAAUGAUAUAAUUUGUAGGGUAGCGUUAGGGAAGAAGCACGGCGGAGGAAGAAAUUUCAGGGAACUUUUAGCGGAGUUUGAGGAGUUGAUAGGUGUGUCUCCUCUGUGGGAGUACGUACCAUGGUUGAAUUGGACUAGACGGUUCGAUAGUUUGGACCGAAGAAUCGACAGAGUUACUAAUGCGUUUGAUGAGUUUUUGGAGAUUGUGAUUCAAGAACACAGAAAUCGAGAGGAGAGAGAGGAUAUCGAUGAUGGUGGAUUUGAUUUUGUGGACAUAUUACUGAAAUUUCAAAGAGACAAUCAACAUAGCUCUCCUGUUGAAGAUGAUGCUAUCAAAGCUGUUAUCUUGAACAUGUUUGUUGCUGGAACCGAUACAUCAGCAACAACUAUAGAGUGGACAAUGGUGGAGCUGAUACGGAAUCCAAGAACCAUGAAAACUCUGCAAAACGAAGUAAGAAAGGUUGUCGAAAGCAAGGGGAUAAUAGAAGAGGACGACAUAGAAAAAAUGCCUUAUCUAAAAGCGGUGAUCAAGGAGAGUCUAAGGCUGCAUUUACCCGUCCCAUUACUAAUCCCUCGAGAAUCAACUCACGACACAAAAGUACAAGGCUACGACGUUGCAUCUGGCACGCGUGUACUUAUCAAUGCUUGGGCAAUUUCUAGGGAUCCGUGCCUAUGGGAAAAACCUGAAGAAUUUUAUGCGGAGAGGUUCCUUGAUACGAGCAUAGACUACAAAGGUCUGAAUUUUGAGUUGAUCCCGUUUGGAGCUGGCCGGAGGGGCUGUCCCGGGAUUACUUUUGCAGUGGCUAUUGUUGAGCUUGCUAUUGCCAAGUUGGUGCACAAGUUCGACUUCGGAUUGCCCGAUGAAUUGAUUGAAAAGGGGUUGGAUAUGAAUGAAACUAGUGGAUUAACAAUCCGGAAAAAAAAUCCUUUGCUUGUAAUAGCCACUCCACAUACUAGUGGGUGAGAACAAUGGGUAUACAAUUGUACAUCCUAAUAUCAAAAUAUUAUUUUCUUAAAAGUAA